AUGUCCCUAUUGUUCUUCUUCAAACUGCUAGGGAUUCUCAGUCUACAGCCAAAGGGCCAAAGUUCGAUAAAUAUAAAAACGUUUGGCUCCAACGCGACUAAUGCUCAAGUUAUUGAUGUGAUUAACCUUGGUAUAGAAACUGCCCAUGGAGCGAACAUUGAAGUAUCAGCAUUCACUGUGAUACUUCAAUCAACGUUAAUUUGUCAGCCAUUAAAGAACCAGUUUGUGUUGAAUGCUAGCAAGACCUACCCGCAUCUGGCCAACCUCUACUUAGCUGAUUACUCGUCAGGUCACCACGAUGCGAAAGUGGAUAUCUUGAUCAGUUCCGAUCAUUACUGGAAGAUUGUGACAGGAAAAACCCAACAGGGAAUAGCGGUCAACUGCCAUUCAAACAAGGCUCGGUUGGGUUCUUUCUGGCCUGUUGAAAAUGAAUCACGGAAAUCAACCCACACCAGCAAUCUUGCUACAAUCCAUACCCUCAAAUGCGCCUCUGAAGAAGUUGAAUGUAAGAAUGAUGUCCUUGUGCAAGAGCUGAAGAGAUUUUGGGACUUAGAAACUGUUGGUAUUCAACCACACAAAGGACGUUUAUUACGGUUGCUGAAGCUAUUGCAUAAUGAGCCAGAAGUCCUUAAGAAGUAUGACAAUGUGAUAAGAGAUCAGCUUAACAAGGGAAUCGUGGAGUCCACACCAAAACCAAACGAAGAAAUCAAGAGUAUGCACUAUUUACCUCAUCAUGCCGUCAUCCGUCAAGACAAAACAACAACAAAAUUGAGAGUAGUGUAUGACGCCUCAGCAAAGUCAAGAGGACCUUCACUUAACGACUGCCUGUAUAGUGGUGCCUCGCUGACUCGGAACAUCGUUGACAUAAUGAUGCGUUUUCGGGCCUACAAGGUGGCCUUAACUGGAGAUAUUGAGAAGGCUUUCCUCAUGAUCCAUGUAGCAGAGUCUGAUAGGGAUGCAUUGAGGUUCCUGUGGGUUGAUGAUGUACAUAGCCCAAACCCUAAGAUUAUCCCAUUUCAAUUUACCAGAGUAGUGUUUGGUGUGUCAUCGAGUCCCUUUCUAUUAAAUGCCACAGUAAAACACCACAUUGAACAGUACAGAGAAAAUGAUCCUAGCUUUGUGGAAACGUUCCUGAAUUUGAUUUAUGUGGAUGACCUUAUUUCCGGUGGAACUCCAAGAGCGGAUAUGUCAAGCCAACCAACUGUUGACAGGGAACGAUGCAUUGAGUGGAAGUAUAUAGCUAGAGCUGAGCCCAAGUACUUGGUUCAGGAGGAGCAGUCAUCUUAUGUUGGAAGUACAUUGGGUCCUCGCCUUCCAAUCAGUGAUGAUAAACAGAAAAUUCUAGGAAACUUAUGGGAUUCAUAUGAGGACAAUCUUAUUAUUGAUCUCAAGGACGUUUGGGAACUCUGUAUGGCAAAGAGUGACUGGGAUCAUCCACUUCAGGGAACCCUAAAAUGCAACUGGCAGAAAUUAGUUGAAAACCUAAGAGAAGUCCAACCUGUUGUCAUUCCGAGAUACUAUGUGUCUAAUGUGCAGGAGCAAGUUGUGUCCUACGAGCUUCAUGGGUUCUGCGAUGCAUCUAUCAAAGCAUUAAUGAAUGUUACUCAGAGGGCCCUUGAGUCUGUGAUUGAGAUUUCGAAGGUUCAGUGCUGGAUGGAUUCUAAAGUUGCAUUGUAUUGGAUUACGCAGCAGGAAUGGAAACAAUACGUACAGAGUCGAGUUGAAGAGAUCAGAGGGCUGUUUCCUGCAGAACACUGGAGUCACUGUCCAGGUGUAGAAAAUCCCGCAGACAUUCUAUCACGUGGCAUCCUGCCUACACAACUAGUAUCGUCUACACUGUGGUGGUCUGGCCCAAAGUGGUUGUCUACCAUAGACAACCCUGCAAAAGAGAACUGUGAUAGCAAUGUUGUACCUGAAGAGUGUUGA